UCAACAAUAAAGCCCACACUUAGAUGUUAUCAAAGCGAACAAGAAUGCAAAUUGCACAGAAUAUGAGUUGUUUUGUGCUUUCAUUUGACCCACCCCUGUGUACUAAACUGAUCUCACUCACACUGGACCAGGUCAAAGCGAACAUUAUUCAGCAAUGAGAAAGAAAAAUCAGGCUUUAAAAAGGAGCUCGUGCUUCUUGGUCAAAAUAAUAUAAAAAGCUCUUCAAAUUUUUUCUAAACUGUUGGUAUAAUGGAUCUAAACAUUUAACUUUACUUGGAUUGUCGUGCGGACCAAUUUUGUGAAUGUCUUUGAUAGAGAGAUUUUUCAGAAUAAUGAGAGAGAAGUGUGCUGGGUGAGGCGUAGGUGGUGUAUGGCACUCAUUCAUUAUUCAUGAGAUGGGUGGGCUGAGUGUAAGUGGCAGUGAUGGAAAGAAACUCUAUUAUUGAAGCAUUUCAACUCUAGAGUUCUUGACCUGAUAUUUGACGAACUGAGGCAUUAAUUGAUAUACUGCACAAACAAGAAUAAUUACCUGGAGAAAAGUCACUGGAAAUAAUUAAUGAACUGGGGAAGCCACAGAGAUGGGGAGGACGAAGCCCUGACUUUACAUGAGAGGUACAGUACUAACAGGAGAAUUGGUGACCAGAAGUAGUGUUGGAUUAAAUGAACUGCAAACAUGGGAAGAGCGAUCCACCCAGCGCUGCUGCUACUUUUAUGGCAGAGUGUUUGGGCUUUGGACAUCCCUCUGGAAGUCAGACAACCCCCAACCAUCAUAAAACAGUCAAUGAAGGAACACAUUGUUGACCCUAAAGACACCAUGGUCAUAGAGUGUGAAGCCAGCGGAAACCCUCACCCCAUUUUCUCAUGGAGGCGUAAUGGGAAGUAUUUCAACGUUGCACGAGACUCUCAGACAUCAAUGCGCAGGCGUUCAGGGACGCUGGAUAUCUAUGCCCGGAAAAACCCGGAACAGUAUGAGGCAGAGUAUCAGUGCAUUGCCUCCAAUGAGUAUGGGUCUGCAUACUCUAACAAGAUCAUAUUGCGACUAUACAGAGCGCCUGUGUGGCCAAGGGAGAUCCUGGAGCCUGUGGUGGUCAGCGCUGGCUUGCCUCUGGUUCUGUCCUGUGACCCUCCACCUGGCCCACCUAAACCUGAAACCCACUGGAUGUCCAGCUGUUCAUAUGCGAGACCUUUCAACUGGCCGAUUCAGACAGCUUUUCCCACCAUGCAGCCUGUGCGGCAGGACCGUAGGGUUUCCAUGGGAGUUAAUGGAGAUCUGUACUUCUCUAACGUCCUGUUCAACGACUCUGCUGUUGAUUACUGCUGUAAUGCUCGCUUCCCCUACAAGAAUGUCAUCCAGCAGAAGAUGCCUGUGGUUGUUAAAGUGGUUACAACUCGAGCAGUGGCUGAGGCUGCCCCCACCUGGUUGUCUCCCACAGGCUCGGCCAGCUCCCUGCUGGUCCUGCAAGGAGAAGAACUGCUCCUGGAGUGUAUCGCUGCAGGAGUGCCAGCUCCUCAUAUUACCUGGACCAAGAAUGGUGGGGACCUGGUGGUGACAUCUCGCAUGAAAGUGAAGAACUUCAACAAGAUGAUUCAAAUCCCAAAGGCGUCUUUUGGCGAUGCUGGUGAAUACGUGUGCACUGCUACUAAUAAGAUCAGCUACAUUCAACACACAAUAACUGUCAUGGUCAAAGCUGCUCCAUUCUGGUUGGAGAAGCCCACUAAUUUGAUCUUGGCCCCUGAGGAAAACGGACGUUUGGUAUGUCGUUCUGAUGGGGUUCCUCGUCCUACAAUUAGCUGGUUCAUCAAUGGAGAACCAAUUGAAAGUGCUGCACCACAACCGAACAGACAGGUGUCAGGUGACACACUGAGCUUCCGCAGUGUGGCUGCUGGAAACACUGCCGUCUACCAGUGCAAUGCUUCAAAUGAGUAUGGCUACUUACUGGCCAAUGCUUUUCUCAAUGUGCUACAUGCAGCCCCACGUAUUCUUGGGCCUAAAAAUGAACUCAUCAAAGUGAUAGAAGGCAGUCAUACGUUCAUAGAUUGCCGCUACUUUGGUUCUCCGGUGCCUGACUUGCGAUGGUCCAAAUAUGGACAGGGGAAUCUUGAAGGAAAUCGUUUUAAGACCCACAAUAAUGGGACUCUGGAAAUCAAACGUAUACGAAUAGAGGACCAGGGGACUUAUCUAUGCGUGGUCAGCAACAUUGCAGGAAGAGAUGAGAACCAAGUCCGAAUAGAGGUCAAAGAGCCCACAUUAAUUGUCACAAGACCACAGAGUAUGAAAGUCAUCCGUGGAAGUGAUGUGCGUUUUGAAUGUGGAGUAAAAGCAGAUGUCACCACCCCUGUCACAACCACCUGGAUGAAAGACAAAAAGCCAGUCAGUCUCGGCUGGAGAAUCUCUCUGGAUGAAUCAAAUUUAGUCAUCACUAAUGUUAACAGAGCUGAUGAGGGCAAUUAUACCUGUGUCAUCAAGAGUGAACUGGACCAGAAAUCUGCCUCAGCACGCCUAAUGGUGAUGGACCGUCCAGAUCCUCCCACUAACCUGGAGUUGUCAGAUCCUUAUGAACGUACUGUAAGGCUCAGUUGGGUUCCUGGAGGCAGCAACCAUAACCCUGUUACAGAAUACUUAGUGCAAUAUGAUGAUGAUGACUGGUUGCCUGGGAAGUGGAGAAAUCUAUCAACGUACCCAGGGAACCUCAACUCCGUCAUCCUGCAUCUUUCACCUUUUACCUACUACCAGUUCAGGGUCAUUGCUGUAAAUGAAAUGGGACUGAGUCGCCCCAGUCGUCCAUCUAUGCGCUUCCAGAGCAGUGGUGCACCCCCAGAUGUUGUCCCAAGGAACGUAAAGGGUGUGGGCACAUGGAGGAAUAACAUGGAGAUCAGCUGGGAGCCUCUGACCUACAGGGAGUGGAACGGGCCCCACCUGAAGUACCUGGUGUGGUGGAGAAGGAGAGAUUCCCGAGAGGAGUGGAAGAAUGCUACCACUAAAUGGCUGAAGUACUACAUCUACGAUGCAGACACAUUCACUCCGUAUGACAUCAAAGUCCAGGCUGUUAAUGACUUUGGGCUGGGCCCGGAGUCUCCUAUUGUCACUGGCUACUCUGGGGAAGACCGUCCUAUAACUGCACCCCUGAACCUGAGAGUGUCCGACAUUGAGAGCACUCAGGUGACCGUGCACUGGGACCCAGUGACACGCAACUCUAUUAUGGGAGAAUUCAAAGAAUACAAGGUCUACUACUGGAGAGACAGCAGCCAGCUGAGAUGGUUGAGGGUCAACAGAGCGAUGAAGUCUAAAGCAUUUCCAGACAAUAGCCCAGAGCCUUCUGGGGUCCUCACUGAGCUAAUCCCCUAUAGCAACUACAAGAUGUACCUUGUGGUGGCAAACAACCGAUAUGAAGGGCCACCCAGUAAUUACAUACACUUCUCAACACCUGAAGGUGUACCCUCUGUUCCCACAUCCUUCAGGAUCCAACAGCGACAUCUGGACAGUAUUUAUGUGGACUGGGACCUCCCAGCAGAACCCAAUGGAAUCAUUACUGGAUAUUCCCUCAAGUACCAGACAGUGAAUGCCACCAGGGGAGAAGAGCUGCGAGUUGAAGAGUUCCCUCCAAAUGUAACAAGUUUCUCUGUCCGGCGAUACGACCGCUACACUCGAUACAGAUUCUCUGUGGCAGCACAAACCCGUGUCGGCAUAGGGGAAUGGCAUACGGAGGAGUCACCCCACUACACCACUGAAACGUAUGCUCAGGACCAGGUGGACAUCACCACUCAGGGCUGGUUCAUUGGGAUAAUGUGUGCUGUGGCUCUCAUCGUGCUAAUCCUCCUCAUUGUCUGCUUCAUCAAGAGGAGCCGAGGGGGCAAAUAUCCAGUGCGAGAAAAAAAGGAUAUUUCAUUGGAGCCAGUGGACGACAAAGAUCAGGAGGGAUCCUUUGAUUAUCGGUCUCUUGAAAGGAUAGCACGUGUUACCACUCUGCCUUACCCCCGGCGUGAGGAGGAAAGAGGCCUUCAAAGAGGCCAGCCGUCUAUAGAGGCAAUGCUGAAGCGAUCAGACAGUGACGACAGUCUGGUGGAUUACGGAGAAGGAGGAGAGAUAUCGUUCAAUGAGGAUGGCUCAUUCAUUGGCCAGUACACAGGGACCAGGAGAGAUGUCAGGGAGUUGGACUUUAGUGGAGGUCUGGAGCUCCACUCUCCACUCAACACCAUCUACUCCCUGGCAUAAAACUCAAAACUGAAAGUGACUUCUUGACAUAAACUCAACUAUUUGUCAUGUGACUUAACUGUGCUUGUACCCUCCAUUUUGAAUGAAGAAAUUGGCGGACCUGGUUGGUUUGUCUACAGGAGAGAACAUCUGGAGAUUGAGGCACUGUUGUACCCUCUGUGUCCCUGCAGACAACUCAGCUUUCAUGUAUUUUAAGAAGAAAAUGAUGAAACAGUGUUUCUAGAGCUAUACUUAAUCAUCUGAUGAAAAGGAAGCUUUAUGUUGUGUUUUGUAAAUGUAGUGUGUAUUCAGGCACAUGCCUAUGCUUACAUUCACACCGGAAGAGACAGAAGUGGAUCAGUUUAUCAUGUUGAUAAAAGUAGUUGCAAGGAUCAACUUAACUACUGUUACUACAUCUUUCUUUUAUUCUGCUAAUUUAAAUAAUGAGCUUUGUGUUGCAUUCGCAUGUUCAUUCACUAAAAUGUGGAUCGCUCUUUCACCAUCAGGUGAGCCACAGUGUAAUCUUAGAAUUUAUAUUGCCAUGCAUAGUUUUAAUACAGUGCUAUUACCAUGCCUUCCUGACCUUCUCCAUUCUUAUAUUUCUCCUCGCUCCUUUAAGAUCCUCCUCAGCUGCUCUGCUGGCUGUCCCUGUUUUUAGACACAGCACCUUCGGUGCCAGAGCCUUCACACGCUCUGCACCAAGACUUUGGAAUUCACUGCCGCUACAUCUUCGCCAGGUGGAUUCUAAUAUACAGUUGAAAUGACAGCUCAAAAUGCAUCUGUUUAAAUUAGUAUAUUCAUCAUAAUACAGUUAUAAACAUGUCAUUUUAUUCAUCCAAAUCUUUUUGAUUUUAACCUUGUCCUUUAUAUUGCUGUGUUCACAUUUUUUGUUGCUGUUUGUCCUGUAAAGUAUCCUCAGGUGUUUGUAAGGCACCCACAAAUGUAAUUUAUUAUUAU